UGCAACCGGCCAGCAUGUAUCAAGGCUUCCUAUUGGACAGCAGAGUUCCUGGCUUGUUGCCUCUCUGAGUUUCUGUUUUGUCAUCUCCAUCCAGAGGAGCUCUCAUCUUCUGAUUUUAUGAAUCCCUGUUUUGUCGCCUCUCUGCUGCAGUUGCCGCCUCUCGUCGUCAUGAGGUCGCUGGUCCUGGCCUUGGCCUUCUUCUGCCUGUUGUGCUGCAGCGCAGCGAGUCCAGAGAGACGCCGUCCCAAACUGGUCCCGGUCAAACGUCGAAACGACACAACCAUCCAGAACAACACGCCGGAGAAUCCGUGUAAAGGCACGCCGCUGGAUUUCGUCUUCGUUAUCGACAGCUCCAGGAGCAUCCGACCUGAAGACUACGACAAGGUCAAGACCUUCAUCGUUAACCUGCUGCAAUUUCUCGACGUUGGCCCCAAUGCCACCCGCGUGGGGUUGCUGCAGUAUGGCAGCGUGGUCCAGCCUGAGUUCUCUCUCAACACCUACACCUCCAAAGCCCAGGUGGAGGACGCUGUGAGAAACAUGCGGCAUCUGGCCACCGGCACCAUGACCGGCUUGGCCAUCCAGUACACUAUGGAGGUAGCGCUCACCGAGGAGCAGGGGGCUCGACCGAAGAGCCUGCAAAUCCCACGGAUCGCUAUGAUCGUGACAGACGGGAGACCUCAGGACACUGUGGAGGAGGUCGCGGCUGAAGCCAGGGAGGCCGGCAUCCAGAUUUUUGCUAUCGGAGUGGGACGGGUGGAGAUGAAGACCCUGAAGGCCAUAGGAAGCGAGCCCCACUCUGAGCACGUCCACCUGGUGGCCAAUUUUAGUCAGAUAGAAACCCUGAUCUCAGUGUUCAAGUCCAAGCUGUGUGGAGGCUCAGACAUGUGCAAGGUGGUGGUGCAUCAGUGCCAGCACAUCUGUGUGAGCAGUCCCGCCUCCUACAGGUGCAGGUGCAGGAAAGGCUUCACUCUCAACCCGGAUGGGAAGACGUGUAAAGCUGAGGAUACGUGUGCCGCGGUGGACCACGGCUGUGAUCACAUCUGUGUCAACCUGGCUGAUGGCUAUGAGUGUCGCUGUCGUCCAGGAUAUGAGCUCACCAUUGACCUGAAGACAUGCAACAGAAUAGAUUACUGUGACCUGGGAAACCACGGCUGUGAGCACAACUGUGUCAGCUUACCGGGAUCCUACAUCUGCAGCUGUAAGAAAGGCUUCGUCCUGAACGCAGACGGAAAGACUUGCAGCCAGAUUGAUCACUGCGCUGCUGGAAGCCACGGGUGUGAACAGGAGUUUAUGAACACAGAAACCUCCUGUGUGUGUAAAUGUACAAACGGCUACACACUCAGGUCAGAUGGGAAAACCUGCCAAAAGGUGGAUCCCUGUGCUGACGGCAGUCAUGGCUGUGAACAGGAGUCUGUGAGCUCUGGAGACUCGUGUGUGUGUCGAUGCAGGAAAGGCUUCACACUCAGACCUGAUGGGAAAACUUGUAAAAGUGUUGAUCUGUGUCAAACUGUGGACCAUGGCUGCGAACAUCUGUGUGUCAGCACCACCGACUCUUACAUCUGUAAAUGUAAUGAGGGAUUCCUGCUUGCUGACGACGGGAAAAGCUGUGAAAAACCGGGGUGUCACGACGGAGUCAUGGAUUUGGUGUUCGUGAUCGAUGGCUCCAAGAGUUUGGGCCCCGCCAACUUUGAGCUGGUCAAGCAGUUCGUGAACAGCAUCGUGGACUCGCUGGACGUCUCCAGGGCGGCCACGCGCGUUGGACUCAUUCAGUUCUCCACCAAGGUGCGCACAGAGUUCUCUCUUGGCCAGCAUGCCGCGGCGCAGGACGUCAAGCGGGCCGUGAGCCAGAUGCAGUACAUGGGGAGGGGCUCCAUGACCGGCUCGGCACUGCGCCACAUGUUCCAGUUCAGCUUCUCGGAGAAAGAAGGCGCCAGGUUGAACGUCCCACGCGUCUGCGUAGUGUUCACCGACGGAAGGUCGCAGGAUGACGUUUCCGAGUGGGCCAGCAAAGCAAAGACCUCGGGGGUGACGAUAUACGCGCUGGGCGUUGGGAAGGCCAUUGAACAGGAGCUGAGGGAAAUCGCUUCGGAGCCUGCUGAGAUGCACCUCUAUUACGCGGAGGACUUUGAGAAAAUGGGAGAAAUUACAAAGAAACUGAAGUCAAGAAUGUGUAAAGACAAACCGGCAGAUGAAAGCUUGUGUCGGUGUGAGAGCGUGAUCAUGUUUCAGAACCAAGUGACAGAGAAGCUGAAGAACCUGGCUCAGAGUAUUGAAGCGAUGUCAAAGAAGCUGGAGACUCUGGAGAAUCAAGUGGUGAACAAAUGAAACUCUGGCGCUGCCUGGUUCUGACGGGAUCGUCCUCAACUGUUGAAGCAGUACAAUGUGACGUUUAUCCAUAAGGUGGUUCUGUUUUACAUCCUAUAUCUCAGCAUGCCUGUAUUUGUGAGUCAUUCAUUAGCUCAAUUAGACACCUUCUCUUCUAAUGGAACAAGCCUUUUAAAAUGCAAAGCUGCAAUAGGUAAAAGUUUAUAUAUUUAGACAAAAUCAAGUUUCAUUUUGAAUUUUUUUCAAAAUUUCAUUUUGGUCCCUUUGCUGCAAAGAUGACUUAAAAUCAACAUUUUAUCAGAUCCACAGGAAGCAAUAUUAGCUAUGAAAACUUAACACGUGAAAUAUUUCAGUUCAGACACAUGAAAAAUACAUGAUCUAUACAUUGAUUCUACUUUACUAAGCCUAAAUCUGCACAAGAUAUAUAAAAAAAACAAUGCAUCUCCAGUUUUGUGUUCUGGUUAAUAUUACACUGACCUCCAAACUGGAUGAAAACAGCAUUAAUUUGGUAUUCAGUACACCCAGAUGACAUCGACUAACAACUGUGUGGAACUUUUGUGGGAUCUUUUUAGCCAUCAUUAUCAAUGGAGGCUCAAUCUGCCACCCCGCACAAAAACAAGCGCACUAAGGUGGUCCGAAGUCCUGAAAAGAAUUGAAAAUGUUCUUUUUGUGUGGUUUCACAUAUAAAACAACAUGUUCGUGCAAUCUGUUUUAAAAAUCUGACCAGUCCAUUAAUUUCGGAUUGGAGAUGUUUGUCCAAAGUCCAGAAGAAUAUUCAUGUAGCUCCUUAUUUUAGCAGAGAACCAAAAGCUUCAAAUCAGACACCAACUUCAGCUCAUCAGCCACCAAUGUAUUUUACAGUGGCGUCCAAUGUGUGGUUUUGGUUUUAUCACAUUUUGGAUCUUCAAUAACAUAAACAUUUCAUUAAAAAAUUGUUUAUUGUUGAGCAGGUGAAACAAAAAAAAAAGAGAAGAAAAAACAAACAAAUUUUUGCAUUUUCAUUUCGAUGAAUUUUGUGGCCCCUCAGUUGUUUAAAGUCAUCAGUUUUUCCCUCCUGGGGAUGAAAGUUUCAACACCACUGACUGGACAUGUAAUAAACAGUAGAACACUAGAUAAGAACAUAACACACAACUACAUUUGUUCCUCCCUCGUGCUGCCCUCCCCCAAACCCAUGCCGCCCUGGGCAGAAAUCCAGAAAGUCAUGGUUUUUCAACUGAAGUGCUCUCCCACUUUAAACACUUUAUUUGAAGAAAGUUGACUAUAUUAUUGAAGAUUGUACAGCAUACUGAUGAAUAAACAUUUAAAUAUCUGAAUUUCUUGUGCCUUGAUUUUCUUUCAUCCAUCCAUCUGACUGUCCUGGCCUCACGUUCUCCUUCUAAUUUGCAUUAUUUGUUGUUAUUUCAACUGUGAACUUUAUGUUUCCCCUGAGUUGUUUUACUUUCAUGGAAGCUGCAGUAGAACAUGUCUGCAGCUGGGAUCAUCUUUUGGUACUAACAUUUUACUUGUCUUUAACACAGAAAGUACUCCUCCUAUAUCAUGUGUCUCUGCUCUGGACUCUUAAACCUCCAGUCGCUUGUGGCAGAUGGCCACUCGUACUGACCC